CACAAUUCAGUCAAUUUAACACUGUUUUUUCUAUAAGGAUUUUUGCUGUUACAGGUUCUAUGAAGUUAUAAUCUUCAAUUAGAAGUAUCGUUCAUUAUAGUGUUUUGAAGUGUUUUUUUUCUUCACUGAUAUGAGAUCAUAUCAUAACUAUCAUAACUAUAUCAUUCUUUUUUUCUUACUGAUAUGACAUCAUAUCAUAGCUAUGAAUUAAUAAUGCCAAAAUUAAAGGCAUAAAAGCACUGGAGGCCAGGAGGUCAUUUUUUUACAACACCUCUUUUAAAUAAUGUUUAAGCUCUUAUAUUAUGUAACUAUUAAUGUAAUAUUGCACUAUCAGUCUUUACAGUUUUUUAAUGCCACUAUGUAUAUGUGUAUAUGUUGUCUGUACAGCACAAAUCCGUCCCAAUUAACUCUUUUUCAUAAUAAAGACAAAGAAAUCAAUUAUAUUUCUUUAAUAUGGGAUAUUUAAAACAUUUUUAUUUAUUUAUUAUUUAAAUAUCAGUAACAGAAAAUCCAUUAAGAAAUUUUAAUUCGGCAGGGCAAGGCAAGUUUUCUUUUUUAAUAUAAAUACAUUUUUUUAUGCUCCAGCUCACAAAUUCCAUCCCUACCACCCUUUCAUGGCCUUUAAAUAAAUAAAUAAAUAAAAGACAAGUAAAGACAAAAAGUAAAAAAGAAAAAGCAACAAAUUGGUCUGAUAUAUCUUUGUAUUUUGUUAAAUCAGCCUUUAAGCUGAUCUUUUAUUCCAACCAAGCAGAGAACAGUUAAGGUAAUUUUACUCAUCCUGUAAGAAUAUACUGUUUCAAUUAUUCCUUCGUUGCUAUAUUAGUGACAUUAAACAUCAUUUUAAACAUGGAUGGUGGCUUUGGGAAAUAAAAUUGGGUGCACAGAUAUAUGAGCUAGAUAAUUGCACAAUUACCUAAUUUCUAUGUCAUCUAAUCUUCCAGUGUCAAAAUGAUUAGAUUAUCUGGAUGUACGGAAAAGCACGAUAAGUGUUUUACAGCAGCAGAUCAUGGAUUACUAAUUCUUUCUCUCGCUCUCUUCUCUAUCUCUUUGUCCUACAUGAUUAUUAAUGAUUUAUUAAGGGGUCGUAGUCUGGAUCAGACAAGCUAUGAUGUGGAUGUUGACUGCUUUAUGUGGGACGUUUGUACCCUGCAAGUGUAUUUAAAAGAGGGUUUAAAGGUUAGCUGAGCUAACAGACACAGACUAAGGUCAGGGGAUCAUCUCAGAAGAGCAGGACGGCAGGUUUUGCACAAAACGUAAAAGCCAAUACUGAAAAUGAGUCGGGUAAAAAAGAUAAUUAAAAGGAUGAAGGUGAAAAAUGAACUGGGGCGACAGAUAUUGGGAGAGGUCUUAGGGACCUUUGUACUUCUGCUGUUUGGUUGCGCUGCAGCAGCUCAGGUGAAAACCAGCAGAGAAACUAAGGGGCAGUUUCUGUCUGUUAACAUGGCUUUCUCUGUAGGUGUGAUGUCUGCCAUGUACCUCUGCAGGGCAGUAUCAGGAGCUCAUCUAAACCCAGCUGUGUCUCUGAGUUUCUGUGUCUUGGGAGACCUAGCCUGGAUAAAGCUGUUACCCUAUUCUCUGGCUCAAAUAUUCGGUGCUUACCUCGCCUCUGGACUUGUCUAUCUCAUCUAUCAUGAUGCAAUUAUGGAGUUCAGUGGCGGAGUUCUGACCGUAUUUGGUCCUAAUGAAACAGCCAGUAUCUUUGCCACUUACCCAACUGAUGUGGUGUCAAUGCAGACCAACUUUCUUGAUCAGGUGGUUGGCACAGCCAUGCUGAUGUUGUGCAUCCUACCUCUGAACGAUAAGAGAAAUGCUCCUGCUCCUGAAGCGCUGCUCCCUCCAAUUGUAGCAACUGUUGUCCUAGGGAUUUCCAUGUCAAUGUCGGCUAACUGUGGAGCUGCCAUAAACCCUGCCCGUGACCUCGGUCCACGACUCUUCACCUUCACAGCAGGCUGGGGCACCGAAGUCUUCACGUGCUAUGACUACUUCUUCUGGAUACCAUUAGUGGCUCCUAUGGUGGGGGGCGUGCUGGGAUCCAUCAUUUAUCUGGUCUUCAUUCAGUGGCAUCUGCCUGAGCCUGAGGAUGAAACUGAGACUGAGGAGUUUAAUGAACAAACAAAGGUCACGGAGCACAACAACAAAAAGGACACGUUUUUCCAAAAAAUGUCUGCGCUUUAAAGGAGUAGGGAUCUCAUUUCCAGAUCCUGUUUCCCCUCUUCUCCACAUUAUUUCCCAGACUGUUUUAUACUGUAAAUAAACAAAAAGGCCAAGCACUGGGGAUGAUGCACAAGGUGGACUCCUAAAUCUUUCACCGGAGAGCUGAAGCCUUGAUAUAGCAAUUGUUAUUUAUUAUUUCAAAAUAUUAAACUGGGACGUACUCUCAACAACAUGUAGAAAAUUACUAAUUGGCUUUCACAUUGUCCAUUGUUUCACAUAAGUGGAAUUUGUAUAUAGUAGGCUAUGUAUAGUAUUUUAGCUAUUUUAUUCUAGACCAGUGGCAGCUAUACACACACACACACACACACACACACACACACACACACACACACACACACACACACACUAUAUGCUAUAUGUAAUCUUUCAGAAAUGAUAUUAAUAUAACCACAUCAAACUCUCACAUCUGUUUGUUGUCUAGUGCUCUUUCUAGUGUAUUUUGCAAGCAGAGAUUGUUUAUGUUACACCACUAUUACAGUGCACACUUCUGUGGUGUACAUUAACAGGUUCACAAACAAAGAGUUUUAAAAACCUGUUUGAAGCCACUAUUGAGCAAACAUUUAUCUGAACUUUUGGGGAAGAGGUAUAUUGAUUAUAUGUACUCAGAAGGUCACAUCCCUACCAUUUCAUGGAAUAUUCUCUGUUGUGAGCAAUGCAUUAAAUUAAAGAUCUUGCUAUUAAUGUCAAUACAAUAUAAUGUCAAUAAUAACUGCAACCAUACAGCAAGGAAUAUAAUCAAGCCAUCUUCUGUCAUGAAAAGGUUUUGGUAAUAUUACUGAUGGGGGACUUGUUUGAGCAGAGUCGUUUUGAGAAGGUUUAUGAGAAUGUUUGCUUAGCGUUGAGAGACAUUAGCUCGCAAAAUGCGACAGAUUUGCCGGUUCUGUUCUGUUUUUACGGAAACACUGUCCAGAUGCGUGGGUAAAUAUUCACAACAAUCAUUUUAAACGUGUGUAGGUGUAAGCCAUCAUUCGCAAACUUUAGUUUAACAGCGUCCCUUCAAAAUUCACCUCAGGCUCGCACAUGCGCACAUGUAAUCUUUUUUUUUUUUUUUUUUUUUUUUUAUAACAAUGGCAGCAGACAGAUAACAGGAAAGACGGAAAGGGUGUUGUCUAAUUCUUGAAAGAAUAAAUACACAAUUUAUUUUA